AAAAAGGUUCUACGUUAGGUUCCAACCCUAAAAACAAACUCGACUCACUCUCAAGUACAACACAUCACACAAGGCAACCCCGAGUCAUAAAUCAUUUGAGCUAACCUUCAGGAACAAUAAGAUUCCUAUUGUGAUGCUGGUGUUGGGAAUAGUCAGGGGUUUACUGCACAGAGAGCACAUCAUGGAUUAUAAGAACUUUCAAAAUUGAAGGAGGAGGACAAGGAAAAAGGAACUGCAACAGUAAUCCAUAUACUAGACGUGCUUUCACUGAAUCAGCGUAUUUUUUUUGGUAGCAAUUGAUGUUGCCGAGGAGGCUAGGGAGUGUUCGUCACUACGCGAAGCACCUUCGAAUUGAUGGGGUGAAGGACACUAUAGCUGUAGCUUCUGGUAAAGGUGGUGUGGGCAAGUCCACAACUGCUGUUAAUUUGGCUGUUGCACUUGCAAGUAAGUGCCAGCUGAAGGUGGGUUUGCUUGAUGCUGAUGUGUAUGGACCCAAUAUUCCCAUCAUGAUGAAUAUUAACACAAAGCCUGAAGCCACUCUAGAUAAGAAAAUGAUUCCCAUUGAAAAGUAUGGGAUAAAGUGUAUGUCAAUAGGUUUCCUUGUGGAGAAGGAUGUCCCAAUAGUCUGGAGAGGUCCCAUGGUGCAAAAGGCUCUUGAGCAAAUGACAAGGGGAGUUGACUGGGGCAACCUUGACAUUUUAGUGAUGGAUAUGCCUCCUGGUACUGGUGAUGUCCAGAUAGCUAUGUCUCAGAAUCUGCAAUUAUCAGGUGCACUGAUUGUUUCGACUCCUCAAGAUGUUGCAUUGAUGGAUGCCAGGAGAGGAGUAAAAAUGUUCAAUAAAGUUGAUGUUCCGAUUUUGGGAAUUGUAGAGAACAUGAGCUGCUUUAAGUGUCCUCAUUGUGGGGAACCUUCAUACAUAUUUGGCAAAGAAGGGACUCGUAAGACUGCCACUGAAAUGGGAUUAGACUUUUUGGGCGAGAUACCACUGGAAGUGGAGGUCAGGGAAGCUUGUGAUAAAGGGCACCCCAUAGUGUUGGCCGCGCCUGAUUCAGUAGUUUCAAGAGCAUAUGUCGAUGUUGCUGAAAAAGUUGUUCAGAAACUUAAGGAACAACAGUUCCAGCCAGAGAUUAUACUAUGAAAUGCUGCCCUUACCAUGACAACUCUCCUCCCUCUGAGCAAGAAAAGAGGCCUGUGGAGAUUUCAAUGAUGCUCUGUAACUAGUGCGGGGUUUGAUCACUCUGGUAAAAUUGAGGUAUGAAAUGCAGGCUUCACCUUAUUUUGAAUAAUAGGUGAGAACAUCUUCACCAAUUUUGUAAAAUAAGCAAUUUAUUGUUAUUUGAUGCCCAUGUUGGUGCUGUCAAAUUAGCAGUUUGAUUUAAAUGCAACAUUGAGGUUACAUGGACUCUUGCUCCGGGAAUCUCUUGAUAUACCAUUUCAGCUAAUCUAUCAUCAGAA